AUGGUAAGUCGCAAGCUUGAAGGAUACAAGCCCAGCUUAAGAGGACUGGGCCUGUUUAAGAGCAAAGGCGGGCGGUCAAAACAUGCGGGGGAUAAGGGGUCUAGUCAGCCGCGAGUAAAGAAGGCAGUAUUUGAGAGCACCAAGAAGAAAGAGGUUGGCGUAUCAGACCUUACGCUACUCAGUAAAGUCUCCAACGAGGCCAUCAACGAGAAUCUGAAGAAACGCUUUGAGCAUGGAGAAAUUUACACAUAUAUUGGCCAUGUGCUUGUAUCCGUCAAUCCAUUCCGAGACUUGGGAAUAUAUACCGAUGAGGUCCUUGAUUCGUACCGUGGGAAGAACCGGCUCGAGGUCAAACCGCACGUCUUUGCAGUCGCCGAGUCGGCAUAUUAUAACAUGAAAGCAUACAAGGAAAACCAGUGUGUUAUCAUUUCCGGAGAGUCUGGUGCAGGGAAAACCGAGGCUGCUAGGAGAUUAAUGCAGUACAUUGCAAACGUGUCAGGAGGCUCUGAUUCUUCUAUCCAAGAAACCAAGGACAUGGUGCUGGCAACCAACCCGCUCCUGGAAUCGUUUGGGAAUGCGAAAACAUUGCGCAACAACAAUUCGUCGCGAUUUGGAAAGUAUUUGGAGCUUCAGUUCAAUUCGGUGGGAGAACCUGUUGGAGCUGUGAUUACGAACUAUUUAUUAGAAAAAUCCAGAGUUGUGGGCCAAAUCACCAACGAGCGCAAUUUUCAUAUAUUCUAUCAAUUUACGAAGGCUGCUCCCCAAUCAUACAGAGAAUCAUUUGGAAUUCAAAAGCCAGACGCUUACCUUUACACAAGCCGCUCAAAAUGCUUUGACGUACCGAAUAUAGAUGAUUCGGCGGACUUUAGAGAGACCGUUGAAGCUAUGAAGAUCAUUGGCUUAAGUCAAGCUGAGCAGGAUAAUAUAUUCCGCGUGUUAGCUGCCAUUCUUUGGCUAGGAAAUAUGCAGUUUGUUGAGGAUGACCAAAGCAACGCCACGAUUACGGAUCGAUCAGUUAUCGAUUUUGUUGCUUAUUUAAUGGAAGUCGAUGCGGACCAGGUUCAGAAGGCCCUCACCCACAGGAUUGUCGAAACAGCUAGGGGAGGCCGGAGAGGCUCCAUCUAUGAGGUGCCAUUAAACACCGUACAAGCCCUAGCUGUUCGUGAUGCUCUCGCGAAAGCCCUUUACUUCAAUCUCUUUGACUGGAUAGUGCAGCGAGUAAAUGCCUCCCUAGUCGCUAAAGGGGCUGUCACAAACUCCAUUGGUAUCCUCGAUAUUUAUGGAUUUGAAAUUUUCGAAAAGAACUCAUUCGAACAGCUCUGUAUUAACUACGUUAACGAAAAGCUUCAGCAGAUUUUCAUUCAACUAACAUUAAAGACUGAGCAAGAAGAAUACGCCCGGGAGCAGAUCCAGUGGACACCCAUCAAAUACUUCGACAACAAGGUCGUUUGCUCGCUAAUUGAAGAUAAAAGGCCACCAGGAAUUUUCGCUGCCCUUAAUGAUGCAUGUGCCACCGCGCAUGCGGACUCUGCGGCAGCGGAUCAAACGUUUGUUGGACGAUUGAACUUCCUGGGCCAGAAUCCAAAUUUCGAAUCCCGCCAAGGGCAGUUUAUUGUCAAGCACUACGCCGGCGAUGUCUCCUAUGCUAUUGAAGGGAUGACCGACAAGAACAAGGACCAACUCCUUAAAGACAUAUUAAACCUUGUCAACUCGAGCAGUAACGGUUUCUUGCAUACUUUAUUCCCUGACCAAGUGAAUCAGGACGACAAACGACGUCCUCCAACGGCUGGUGACAAGAUAAAGGCAUCUGCAAAUGACCUGGUUACGACAUUAUCUAAAGCCCAGCCUUCGUAUAUUCGAACAAUCAAGCCAAAUGACAACAAAUCGCCUUCCGAAUACAAUGUUGGCAAUGUUAUGCAUCAAAUCAAAUACCUGGGUUUGCAAGAAAAUGUGCGAAUCAGGAGAGCUGGAUUCGCCUACCGACAGACAUUCGAGAAGUUUGUUGAACGCUUUUAUCUCUUAUCCCCCAAAACCUCAUAUGCUGGUGAUUACACCUGGACUGGCGAUUCAGAAUCCGGCUGUCGACAAAUCUUGAAGGACACUAGUAUCCCAAGCGAAGAAUACCAAAUGGGAGUCACCAAGGCUUUCAUUAAGACCCCCGAAACCCUUUUCGCCCUAGAACACAUGCGAGACCGUUAUUGGCAUAACAUGGCAAUCAGGAUCCAGCGUGCAUGGCGCAAUUAUCUCAGAUAUCGAAUCGAAUGUGCCAUCCGCAUUCAAAGGUUCUGGAGGCGUGUCACCGGUGGUCUGGAGUAUAUAAAACUACGAGAUCAGGGUCACAGAGUCCUAGGUGGGAAGAAAGAGCGUCGCCGUUUCAGUCUUCUCGGCUCAAGGAGGUUCCUUGGUGACUAUAUCGGUGUUGGGAAUACUGGUGGGUUUGGAGAGAUCGUUAAGGAUUCCAUCCGCCUUUCAGAUUCCGAAACGGUACUUUUCUCCUGUCGUUGCGAGCUUCUAGUUACAAAAUUCGGUCGAUCGAGUAAACCUGCGCCACGACUUCUUAUCCUGACGGCAAAAAAUGUCUAUAUCAUCGUUCAAUCUGUUGUGAACAAUCAACUUAACAUAUCUGCUGAGCGGACCAUCUCACUGGGUGCGAUCAAGGCUGUUGGAACAUCCAAUCUUAAGGAUGAUUGGUUUUCAAUCGUUGUUGGUGCUCAGCAGGAGCCAGACCCCCUACUAUCGUGCGUCCUCAAAACAGAGUUUUUCACCCAUCUCACAAACGCUCUACGCGGACAGAUGAACUUGAAAAUAGCGGAUGUGAUCGAUUUCAAUAAAAAGCCAGGGAAGAUGGCCCAAGUGAAAGUGGUCAAAGAUCCAGCAGUUGCCAGGGACGAUGUGUAUAAGAGUGGAACCAUCCGCACCGGGCCAGGAGAGCCUGCAAGCUCGGUAUCAAAGCCAACACCGCGACCCAAACAGGUUGCCGGGAAGCCCAUUACUAAGGGUAAACUCCUGCGUCCUGGUGGCCCUGGAGGCGGACCAUCCAAGCUCUCCCAAGCUGCGGCCAAACCAAAACCUCGCCCCGCUGCACAACAACUUCCGGGAAGUGGUCAUCAGUCGACUCUCGAGUCGAGACCCGUUCCCCAGCCUGGUCCUGUUGCUGCCGUUGCAGCCUCACAUAACCGUGUUGGUUCUACAUCGUCACAAACCCAGUCACGACCGCCACCACCACCUCCUCCUCCUCAAGUGGCUCCACCACCCAAAAAACCUAUGGCCAAAGUUUUGUAUGACUUCAACAGUGGGAAUACAAAUGAGCUGGCAAUCCGACAGGGAGAAAUGGUACAGAUUAUUUCCCGUGAAACCAAUGGCUGGUGGCUAUGCAUGAAUCCAAGCUCGGGCAUCCAGGGAUGGACGCCAGAAGCAUAUCUUGAAGAAGUGAAGGAGGCAGCGGUUGCUCCUCCUCCACCUCCGCCACCCCCGGUAGCCGCCAAAGCUCCAACUCCCACCCCCGUGUCUAACGGUGCAAGCCGUGCCGGUGGAUCUGCCGCCGCAAAGGUAAAGCCUGCUCCCCCCGCACCCCCAGCUAAACGCCCGAUCAACGUCCGCAAACAAAUUCCCGUAGCUCCACGGGAUAGCGCUGUCAGCAUGAAUUCACAGGAUUCAUCUGGUGCAAGCGGCCGGGCAACUCCAAACAGUAUGAGCAACGCAAGCUUGGCCGGUGGUCUUGCGGAGGCCUUACGGCAGCGCCAGAGUGCAAUGCAGGGAAAACAUAAUGACGACGACGACUGGUGA